CUUCUGACCUUAUGAGGGAAGGUCUUUGUUGAAGCAGCUGAAGAUUGUCGGGCUCAGGACACUGCACAGAGGAACUCCUGAAGUGAGGUCUUAGGAUCACUGACUUCCAACAACCAUAACGAUCUUCCUUCAUGUGAGGCAAGGACAUGGCAGGAGCUGACCAAUAUUUUACCCCCACAACCAAUGACUACAGCUCCGAGUAUUCAAUUUAUGACUAUGAUGAAGAAUCAAAUGGAUUAUGCAGAAAAUCAGAAGUCCGACAAUUUGCCCAAUAUUUUCUUCCGCCUUUCUACUUCACUGUGUUUCUGUUAGGCUUUGUGGGGAAUGUUUUGGUUGUAGUGUUGUAUGUUUACUACAAGAGAAUAAAAAGCAUGACGGAUGUCUAUCUCUUGAACCUAGCUAUCGCUGACAUCCUCUUCCUCUGCACUCUGCCGUUCUGGGCACUGGAUGCAAUAUCUGGAUGGAUAUUUGGAAAUUUUAUGUGCAAAACUGCUAACAGCAUUUAUAAGAUAAACUUCUUCAGCUGCAUCUUAUUGCUGUCUUGUAUCAGCAUUGACCGUUACAUUGCUAUUGUGAAAGCAGUUAAGGCACGGGCUUCAAAGAAAAAAAUACUUCUUCACAGCAAGUUAAUCUCUCUAGUUGUCUGGGUGUUUGCAGUGCUGUUGUCUCUGCCAGAAUUUUGCUUUAGCUUACAAGACGAAGCCCAGAAGUGUUCUACAGUCUAUCCAGGGAAUAGCCUGAAAGCCACAGGGUUUGCAGUUCAGGUGGCUGCUGGGUUUUUCCUGCCUUUUGCAGUCAUGACAUUUUGCUAUUCCAUGAUCAUUUGGAAGCUUCUCCAGGCCAGAAAAUUGCAAAGGCACAAAGCUAUAAAGGUGAUAGGGGCUGUGGUGGGUGUCUUCGUUUUCUCACAGUUACCGUACAACAGCAUCAUAAUCAUGAAGGCCAUGGAUGCUAUCAAUAUUACAAUAACCAACUGCCAAACCAUUAAGAACCUGGAUAUUGCCACCCAGAUUACACAGUGCUUUGCUUUCCUGCACUCCUGUCUGAACCCACUGCUGUAUGCAUUUAUAGGGGUGAAAUUCCGAAAAGAUCUGUCGAAAAUCAUGAAAGACAUAGGCUGUGUCAGCACCUUAACCAAACCACAACAGAGCUCUUGUAAAUUCUCUCCCGAUUAUUCAGAAACCGAAACAACAGGGACGUUUUCCUUAUAAACCCCAGUUAACAGAGGCAUACUACAGGGUGCUGGUGUUUGAAAUACAAAUGUUCCAUCUAAGCAUCUGGAAUGGCAAAAAGAUAGAACCCAUGGAAAGAAUUUUGUUUUUUAUGUUUUUCUACUUUAUGUCAAACUUAUUUUUCGAGUUAAGAUAAAUUAAUUUUGCUAUCAUUAAAAGAGAAAGUUUUGUAGAAUUGAACUUGCUAUUAAAAGGGAAAUGAGUCACAAAGAGCCUGCUGUUCAAAAAUAAAUAUUAAAAUGGGCAGUGCAGCGGCAUCAUGCCUGAGUAAUAACCCAGUGAUAUCAUAACGUAACACAGGUUUACAUCCUCAGCCUGAAAGGUGUCGUUAGAAGGAAUGAGGGAGUGAGAUUUUCAGUUACACUCGCAAGGCCUGGGCUCUGGAGUACAGAUCACAGACAUGAAGCUAAAUCCCACCGUGGCAACAGAGAAAUUUAAACCAAGUUAAUUAAAGAAUCUGGAAUUCCAUGAACACAAUUAUUAUGAUACAGAGGGAGGUCGUUUGGCCUAUUGACUUUGUAUUGGUUCCCAGGGGAACAGUUCAAGCGAUCCAAUUCCCUUUUGUCUCAUUGUAAGGGUAAUGGUGAACAUUACGGUUAAAUAUUAUUUGUUUUUCUGCUCUCCUGUGGGGUGGGAAACCAGCAUCCCUAAGCUUUAUGGCCCAGGUGUCUCUGCAGAUCUAAAGUUAUGUGGCUGGCCCUUAACCCUCCCCUGGACUGACCUACCAGGGCAUAGUCCUGGAGUCUUUAAACAUCAGCACCUUGUAAAUGUAAAAAGAACCAUAGAUCAGUGAAGCGCAGUGGAAGAACCCAAGAGUAGUGAAAGGGUUAGAGAACCAGGCACAAUACCAGUGAGAUACUAUUGUGACCAUUCCUCAUCAAAAACUUAUACAGUGACAGCUUUACAAAGGGUUUUGUUUAUUUUGGCAUUAGAAUGCCUGAGUAGGAAUUUAAGGUCUGGGCUAUUUUAAACCUUGGCAGGUUUCAUGCAUUAAAAUGUGUUUUACCAAUGCAAUAAUGCAAUGGUUGCAGUAUUUUUAUUGGUUGGCUGAAAGCAAAUUUUUGCCAGAAUUUACUGCUGUCAGUGGUUGUUGGGUGGGCUGCUGGGAAUGAGUUGAAUAGGUAGUAUAUGCAAGAUGCCAGAACGUGUGGGAGAGAUCUGAAUGAGGAGAAAUUAUUGCAAGAAAAGGGACGGGUCAUUUAAAACCGAGGUAUGUAGAAAUUUCUUCUUUCAGAGGGUGGUGAAUAUCUGGAAUUCUUUGUCCCAGAAAGUUGUGGAGGCAAGAUCAUUAGAAGAACUUAAAGUAGAGGUGGAUACAUUUUUGAGAGCUGUGGGGAUCUGACACGGAGAUGGAGUUGAGGCCUGGGGUAGAUCAGCCAUCGAGUGGCUGGCAGGCUUGAGAGGCUGAGUGGUUAAGUCCCACUCCUGUUUUUUUCUGUUCUUGCGUCAGACACUGAAGAUUAAAAGAAUUAACUAGUUAUUUUAGAGAAAGUAGUAAUCCAUACAGUUAUCAUUAUGUAGUUUUAACACAUCAAAUAAUCAUCUUGUAGUGAUUAAAUGUACU